GUCAAAUGUGGCUUAGAAUCAGUCCUGACUUCCUCUGAUUUCAGAAUGUCUGUGGAUAAGAUUUUCCCUGCAACCAAAGCUGUAAUAGUGCCUGGAAAUGGUGGAGGAAGUGUAGAAUAUUGCAACUGGUAUGGGUGGACAAGAAAAGCACUAAAUAAGAUCCCGAACUUCCAGUGCUAUCUCCGUGACAUGCCUGAUCCAAUGACAGCGAGAGAGAGUAUCUGGCUCCCGUUCAUGGAAUCUGAACUCCAGUGUGAUGAAAGGACUGUUAUUAUUGGACACAGUUCUGGUGCUGCUGCUGCCAUGAGAUAUGCAGAAACUCACAAAGUGUACGCUAUCAUAUUGGUGUCUGCAUAUACCUCUGACCUUGGAGAUGACAAUGAACGAGAAAGUGGCUAUUUCAAUCGCUCAUGGCAAUGGGAGAAAAUAAAGUCAAACUGUAAGCAUAUCAUACAGUUUGGCUCUACAGAUGAUCCAUUCCUUCCAUGGUCAGAACAGCAAGAAGUGGUCGACAAGCUUGGAGCAGUACUGCAUAAAUACCAGGACAGGGGUCACUUUCAGAACACACAGUUCCAUGAGCUGGUCAGUGCUGUCCAGGACUUACUACAGGAAUCUCAAUGAUACUGCAUUUUGUUCUCUGGUCUGGAUCUUACAUAGCAAUAAAGUACUUUUUUGUAUCACUUUCA